AUAUGUUUAUGUUGAGUAUUCCGGUAUAUUACGGGGCGGCAGGUAGCCUAGUGGUUAGAGCGUUGUACUAGUAACCGAAAGUUUGCAAGUUCGAAUCCCUGAGCUGACAAGGUAAAAAUCUGUCGUUCUGCCCCGGAACAAGGCAGUGGAAAUAAGAAUUUGUUCUUAAUUGACUUGCCUAGUUUAAAAGAAAAUAGUAAAAUAUUGGAAAGACAACUUGAUAAAGCAGGUUGGUUGGAUUAGAUCAGGGGUGUCAAAACUGGUCUGCUGGUUUAUCCUUUCAAGUAAGACCUAGACAACCAGGUAAGGGGAGUUCUUUACUAAACCAUUCCAUAAUCAAGUACACGGGAGGAGCGACAAUCCACAGCCAGUUGACGCUCUGUGGAAUAAAUAGAUCGUUAACUGAAGGUAAAGAACAGACAGUGGGGCCAGACCAGAGCAUUACCAUCCAUAUCCAUUUGGGGGCAGAAUUGAGUUGUCAAAAUAUUAUAUAAUGGCGAGGGAAGUAGCCAAUUGACUAUCAUUACUUGCGUUACGUACAUGCACCACUGAGUAUAUAGGCUAUUUUAUAGCUCAUCAGACUCAUUUUUAUCUGGGAUUAUAAAUUGCAUUAAAUAAUUUAAAUUUUGCAGUAUCAUUGUUUGCCAAAAAUGUAGGGCAGGCUAAUUAUUCAACAGGCAAGUUAUCCACAUGUUAAAUGUAAUUGUACUGAGGGAAAAAGCCUGUCAGCAUAACGGCGACAAGCGAUCUAUUAUGUACUAUUUAAUAGGCUCUAGUUUGUAUGGAUUGUGACAAGUGUUGCCAUUCUCAUAAGAUUGCCAUUCUCAUGAGAUUUGCAUACGCAUAGUAACUAUUCAGCCAACGCUGCGCUGGAACUCUGGAACUUGUUGCUGUCACUGGGCGGGCCCUAAUGAUGUUGGACGCCUAGACGGGGGGUGUAAUUCAAGUGAAGGAAAAUCGAGUCAAGGGAGUUACCUCAACGGCAAGCUUUCGAGAUAUGAGAUCAGGCCAUAUUUCAUGUCCGUCUUUCUCUAAAUUAAAAAAAGAAGUGGAGAAAGAUACAAUUGAGAGUUACACAGCCAACAUUCCGCCUAUCAGCUGGUGGACAAAUGUGACCCCCCCCCCCGUGCAUGCACAAAUUAUCUGUGUUUACAAGUUAUUGAAACCGUGCCAGCGAAGAGGGAAAAAGAUAACCAAGGAGGGAUGGUGGACAAUUCCGGUAGCAGCAAGGCACAAAUGCCCAGCAUGUCACAGGAGAGUGGUCUGGGGGGUGUCUAUCCUCAGGCAGGCACGGCAGGAGGAAUGAAGCUCGAGGCUGUCAUGGAGCAGCUGCAGCGCCAGCAGCAGGCCAGGCUGGAGAUGGAGCGCAAGGAGAGGCGGCUCCGCGAGGCCCACAUCAUGUACGCCCAACAGGUAGCAGCGCAGCAGGCCAUCCUAGCCGCGGCUAGGGCCUCUGGAGCUGGCUUCAUGGGCAAGGCCCUGGUUGGAGGUGGUUCAGGGAUACCCAGAGGAGGCCCACUGUCCCGGGUCUCUAACCAGAGCAGUGUGGACUCAGAGAGGGAGGACGAGGAGGACAGAGGCCGGGAUUCAGGGGAUGAAGAUGACGAUGAGGAGAUGAUGGAUGGAGAUGAUGGGAGCGAGGAGGAAGAGGGAGGGGCUAGUGGUCUUGAGUACCUCCACAAGCAGACACUGGCUCUUCAACAGGGUGCCUCCCACCUCCCUGCGAAUCCAUUUGGUAGUUACUCUACCUCGGGCCCCCAGAAUGCCCCAUUGCCACCCGUUAGGGUGAAGCAGGAGCCUGACGAGAGCCGCUCUCCUGCAGGGCCCCACUCUGCCUCCUCCCCCAACGGGCUGGCCGACUGGAAUAGCUUUGAUGAUCAAUUAAAACAGAAUGGGAGCGCUGCUUGGGCUGAUGAGAAUGACAGUGGAAGAGGAAGAGGAGGAGAGGCCUCCAGAGACUUUGCUAAGCUGUAUGAGCUUGACAGUGACCCCAACAGAAAGGAGUUCCUGGAUGACCUGUUCACCUACAUGCAGAAACGAGGGACUCCAGUGAACCGCAUCCCCAUCAUGGCCAAGCAGGUUCUGGACCUGUACAUGCUUUACAAGCUGGUGACGGAGAAGGGCGGCCUGGUAGAGGUCAUCAACAAGAAGAUCUGGAGAGAGAUCACCAAGGGCCUCAGCCUGCCCACCUCUAUCACCUCUGCUGCCUUCACCCUCCGCACACAGUACAUGAAGUACCUGUAUCCUUUUGAGUGUGAGAGGAAAGGUCUAAGUUCGCCAGGCGAGCUUCAGGCGGCCAUCGACAGUAACCGCCGGGAGGGCCGUCGCCCCAGCUACAGCAGCAGCCUCUUCCGCUUCUCCCCCAGCACAGCCCCUCACAUCCUCUCCCCUCCCAAGAUGCACCUGUCUGCACUGGGGGCGGGGGCUGCUGGGAGCCUCAACGGCCUGUUGGCCUCACCCGUCCACUCUCUCAAAAAAGAAGAGGUCACCCCCUCCGUGAUGGCAGCGGCUCGUGGUACCUCCAUGUCCCUGGCGCUGGGGCAGCAGCAGGUGGCAGGGCUGGCGCGGGCUGCCACUCUGGAGCAGCUGAGGGAGAAGCUGGAGACUGGCGAGGGCCCUGAGAGGAAGAUGGCACGCCUGGCAGAGGAGCAGCAGCGUCUGAUGCAGCAGGCCUUCCAACACAACCUGCUUGUCAUGGCCUCACAGGUCCCCAUGAACCUGCGCCUGGGCAACAGCACCACCGCUAGAGUGGGUUAUGCAGAUGUAUGCUGCAAGACACCCACAAGGAAAUAUGAGAAGCAGCAGGACAUGGCUCUGAGCAUCUCCACCAAUGGAUCUGCUAGCAUCAGUGUGUCUGUGGAGGUCAACGGCACUCUCUAUUCAGGAACCCUGUUUGCACAGAAGUCAGGCGCACCAGGGACUGGCGUGUCCACUGCGGCCACAGUGCCCCCUGCUGGACCCAGCGCUGGGUUUGGGUUCGCCGCCUCUGCUCACAGCCACAGUCCAAGUUCCUCCUCUUCCAAGGGGCCUUGCUCGGCCGAGCCCUCCUCCAGUGGCUCACCUUAGCUCGGGCUGCCCUACCACCCACUCUCCAGGCUUUUCCUCACCACCGAGGCCUAGCAUGAAUACAGUACAUUGAUAAAUUGACAAGAAAAAAACUGUUGCACAACAAAUACCUCAUCGCUCCUGUCAACCUUGGCUACCCAUUUAUGAAUACACAAUUCACACACCCAAACAUGCACCCACACACACACCUAUGUAUUUUACACACUCGACACACAUGUGCACAAACACACAUGCAUUUCAGACACCCAGCACACAGAGACUUAUACCAAAUGCAUGCUAAACACAAUCAAAUCACUCAGCCAAAACCCACUGACAGGUGUUCACAACUGAACUUGAAGAGUUUUAUUUUAUGAUUUUGUUUGUUGCCGUUUGUUUUUUGUUUUGUCAUUUGAAACAUUAUUAUUUUUUUAGUUAUCUUUUUACAUACCUAAAAUCAAGUAACCUGCAGUGGUAUCUUUACCUCAGGAGCUGUAGUAUACUUCACCUGAAUGAACUUUAUUUUUGUAUCCUUUUUGAUCUUGUUGAAAUCAGGGGAAUUUCUGGGAAUUUCACAACGGAACCUCACUCACCUCAGCACACCUCCUACGCAUUUAUACAAGUAACUCUUAUCACAACGCUCGAGUUGCCAUGACGACGGUCCGUAGCCUUUUUACUUCUGAGUGCACUACAUUAUUGAUCCUACAGAUCGCCAUGUAAUACCUCGUAUACAGUAGUCACUCCCACAAUCAAUACCAGGGAGUCACCCACUCAUUCAGCCUAUUUGGAAUGAUGUACUUAAUCUUCAAUCUAACUCAAGAUACAGCUGGUCCUUGUGUCUAAAGGGCUUUGAGGAUCAGAAUUAGCUUUGAACAUUUUAUCACACACAAUGUGAUGUUAUAAGAACCGACUGAUCUGUCGAUCUGUUUAGGACUAGCAAGCCCCAAACUCACCAGCCCGCGUCUAUCUAUCUUAUAAUCAGAAAGGUAGUGAAGGAGUUCCCUGCUCUGGGAUCAGUGUGUGACCCUAUUUCAAUUCAACAGAGAGGAGAGACAUAUCCACCCAUCAAUGGUUUUCCUCCAACACUGGCAGACCAGAAGUGUUUUAACCACAUACCUUUUCAAACCUCAUAUUCGCCUCUCCGUUUGGGAGAGGGGCCUUUCUCAGGAAGCAUUGUGAAGUCUCUUAUUAUGGACUCACUUUGUCAUUUUAAAAAAAGGAUCCCACCGAAAGAAUGCGCAAAUCUAACAAACUGUCUUCAAAGAAUACCUCAGACUCUCUAGAAGGAGAUGUACACUACAUACCUCAUUGCUGCAAAGCCAGCGUGACUUGACCUGGUGGUUUGAGUCCCUGUGACGAGCAACGGUCCACAGGAGUGGACUCCUCCGGAAUGCUGGACUACAAACGUAGAGACUUGACUGCUGGAUUUUCUUGGGGACACAUUAUUAUACCAAGCUGAACUGGGAUGGGCUUGCUCUCCUCCGGUUUUCUCUGGCUUCCUGCAUUUUAUGAGACUAAAUCUAUUUAAGAGUAUUGCUCUGCAUGUGUACAAUCAGGUGGCCAGUUUUUUACACCGUAAUCCUCUGGUGUGUGGUAGCCUCUGGUCGGUGCACAGCUGAAUACCAAAGACUAGCCCUGUUCCCUGCCCAGGCUGCUGUGGGUUAGCUGAACCACUAGGUAGGAUACAGUGGGGUAAAGGAUGGCUUUCAUAAUAGCCCAUCUUCUAUAGUCCCUGCUGUUAAAGUUGUCAGCUCUAGUUAUGUAGCUUUCUUUAUCUUAAUCAGACCUUUGCUUACCUGUGAUUGAGUCUUGGGACUGGAAUUGUUCUGCCUGGCAUGGCACACAUCACCUGACAUAUACCUCAGUGAGUUAUGCUGCACAAAAAGCCCUUUGACCUAACCUCUACAUUGAAUAAGACGGAGAAAGGGUAGCUGUUUCGCCAACUGGUUUCUCUGUCUCAAUUCAGAGUUCAAGCCUCCCAAAUUCCCCCGACACAUCCACUGUUACAGUAUUUCCAUUUUUAAUAGAACAUGAUUUGGAUUCAAUUAAUUUCAUUAAUUAAGCAUUAUCUGUGUUGAAUGUGAGGCGUUUAACUGUUUCUAAACCUUUUACCCCCUUAUCUCAGAGGUGGGCAGCCUUGUUGCCUUCUUUUUUUAAAUGUAACCUUUUAUUUAACUAGGCAAGUCAAUUAAGAACAAAUUCUUAUUUACAAUGACGGCCUAGGAACAGUGGGUUAACUGCCUUGUUCUGGGGCAGAACAGCAGAUUUUUAUCUUGUCAGCUCGGGGAUUCGAUCUAGCAACCUUUCGGUUACUGGCACAACGCUCUAACCACUAGGCUACCUGCUUCCCUAGUAAGCUGUGUUUUAGCUGUUAUUUGUUGGCUUUUGUGGCGCAGACGACGGGUCAGGAUUACAGGACCUCCACAACAUAUAUACAAUGACUGAAGAGAGACCUGCAAUCCCUCAAUGAAAUAUUAUGUCCACAUUUAAUAAAGGUGAAAGAUGUAGUUGCUGCCUUAAUCAGCUGUGAGAGAACAGUUAACCUUUCAGGACUCUGCUAGGAAUGACUGUUUUAUCUUCAAGCUUAAUCCUUUGAAGAGUAACCUAUUUCCAUGAUCUUUAUGAAUUCCGUCAGACAUUAAGGCAUUCAUUAUUCAUGUUAUUGGUUUCAAAACCAAGGUAUGCUAUUUAUUUGUGUUGAUUUUUCUUCUGAUGGAUCGAGUUACCUUGAUCACUUAGGUGGUGUCACUAAAACCCCUUUUCGUUUCUCUCGCUGUUUUAAACAGAAAUAUCUGUUUUCUAUCCAAUCAGUCUAGUCAAUGACUGUCUGACAGUGUAGCCUUACAGCCUUUGCAUGAGAGAGGGAGCGUUUGUGAGAGCAAGUUCAGAAUAUGCUAGAGGAGGGUGUGUAACAACCAUGUAAUGCCACGGAGGAGACUGCAGGUGGUGCUGUCCUCUAAGACCACACCAUGACAAGGGUGGGCAACAGGUUAGAACCACAUUCACUGGGAAUUCAGUUUACAGCUCAGGCUUAUGUGGGAUUACAAUUGUGUGUCUGUGUGGCCUCUUGAAGACCUCUUACCUCAGGGCAUUGGGCUGCUGUCAUUGUUGCAUUUGGUAUUGAAGUUAUGCAAUUGGCAUGUAUACUGAGGGACACAUCCAAAUGCAAAUCUUGGACAACCUUAAAGCUGUCUAGUGACUUGCUAAAUGCCAUUUUAGACUGGUUCGGUUUUUGUUGCUUUUUGAUUUUUGUCAUCAGUUACAGGCAAGGUCACAUCACUCAGGAAACUGUGAAGUUGAAAGUCUGCAGAACCUUGUCCCUGGAUGGUUUGGAUUUUAUUAGAUUAUUGUUUAAAUCUAACCUGAUCUGUGUAAUACAAGUGCAUAUGUAAGUGGUUAUUGAAUACCUCAUUUAUCAAUUCUGUUGUUUUUGGCUUGUAUAAUGCUCCGUAUAUACAUCUGUGGGGUUUGCAUAUUUUUGUACGGUUGUUAUCAUGUCCAUAAUAAUAACAUUACUGAUGUUAUAGUUUUCUCUUUUGAUUAAAACAAAAUUGGGAUGUGAAUGCUUGUAAAACUGGUUUGUGCCGAUUGUAUUUAAAAGAGAAGCACUUUUCCAAAGUGAUUGACACAUUCAGUUUUGUUCAUAUUAGUAAUAUAAAGAUAUGGUUCUCAGGGCUUUAAACUUGUAUGUCAUGAUAAAGUUUUACUUGAUA